AGUCACGUGACACGCAGACCGCGUCACGGUGGCUAACGCUGUGUGAGGAAGAGUCAUCAGAAAUGCACACUCCAUUAGUUUAAACAAAAUUACACAUGGUCUUCAAAACGACGUUCAGGUUACACGUUUUAAAGAUUCUUAACAGCAGGUUAAAUGUUGAUUGACCUGUUUCCUCUGACCACCUCUUCAACGCUGAACGCCACUGCAUGUGAUCCUCAGGAAACACUGAUUCACGCGACCAAGACCCGCUGACAUAGGACUUGACAUCGAUAAUGGUGAAUUUUUCAAAGUACUAAAAAGUUUCAAGGAAAAUUUCAACCUCCAGUUUCAAGGAACAGUGGAGAAUCACAAUGUCUUCUAAGUCGUCCCUCCUGAAAGUGAUUCUCCUGGGAGACGGUGGUGUGGGUAAGAGUUCCCUCAUGAACCGUUACGUCACAGAUAAGUUUGACAGCCAUCUGUUCCACACCAUUGGAGUGGAGUUCCUCAACAAGGAGCUGGAGGUGGACGGGCGCUCGGUCACUCUGCAGAUAUGGGACACGGCAGGUCAGGAGCGUUUCCGCAGUCUGCGUACGCCCUUCUACCGUGGUUCUGAUUGCUGCCUGCUCACCUUCAGUGUGGACGACAGCCAGAGCUUCCACAACCUGGCCAACUGGAAGAAAGAGUUUGUGUACUACGCAGACGUGAAGGAGCCGUCCACGUUCCCAUUCGUCGUGCUCGGGAACAAGGUGGACAUGAGCGAGCGGCAGGUGGUGUCCGAGGACGCACAGCAGUGGUGCCGUGAGAACGGCGACUACCCGUAUUAUGAGACGAGUGCCAAGGACGCCACCAACGUGGCGGCGGCGUUCGAGGAGGCCGUGAGGAGAGUGCUUGCGACGGAGGACAGGGCGGAGCAUCUCAUCCCCACAGACACGGUUAAUCUUCACAGGAAGCCACGUGGUAGUGCCCCCUGCUGUUGACGAGCGGGAGAAGGACACCUUGUAAUAAGUGAAUUGAAGUGGCCAUUGAACAGGACGAGUCUGCAUCGUCUUUGAGGUCAUGCUACAUUAGACCUGCACUUGUUCCAAAACACUGGGUUGUUCUCACUGGGUGAUGUUCUAGUAGACUUUUUUCAAAACAUGACUGAGUUCUAAAGGCAGCCUGAGGUGUCUGAUUGUAAGAACCUAGAUAUUAGAGAGUUUUCUCUGAAAACAUUGAUAUAUUAAGCAUUACAUUCUAAUAUUAAGACUGAGAACAAUGCAAUAAAGCUAUGAAGUUUCACUUCCUGUAACAAAGAUUAACCCAGAGGGACUGGUACACUGUGGCUGAAUGUCUAAUCUAUUAACAUUAAAGGACUGUGUGGAGUGCCAAAGCGAAGAUUUAGAAUGUGAUAUAUUACCACAGAAUGAAAAUGUAGCGUACUUAAAUUAUAAAUCAAAAGCACUAAAAUCUUUAAGCUGCAAUUAAAUGAAAAGAAAGCUGAAAUAAUUGACAGUGUUGAUUUUCUAUUUCGUUUUUUAAGCAUGAAAUGUUUUAGUUUAUGAUCUUUUCAAAAUUAAGUACACUUCAAUUAAACCUGUAUUAACAGAAUUAACAGUAACUAGAUGUGAGGUUGUUUUGGGUGAUGAGGGAAAUUAAAGUAGGAAUACUGGACAAUGUU